AUGAACCCAAAAUAAAACCGAAUCCUUUAUUCUCAGGGUAAUAUGACCACAAGUGCAACCUAGUCCCCAUCCUAAAAUAUAAAUUAUAAUGAUGCAGGGUAAGAGUUCAAUAAAUUGUAUAAGAGAGCUACUGGAUUUGAAACUGAAUUAAGUUCGGAAAAUAAACCGAUAUCAAGCUGAUAACAUCAAAUUGUUGAAGUCUCGACUUAAUCAUAUUCAACACCAAGAUUUGAAUUGUUAGAGAAAUAUUUCUAGAACAAGUAAUGAAAUUUAAUCAAUUAUUUCUACAAAAUCUAGAGUUAAUGAGGACUAAAUGAGAAAGGUACAUAUUUGAACUAUUAUUUAUAUGAUUAGUAAUACCUUGAUGAAAUUAGAUAAAAGAAACUUGAAGAAUAUUCAUAAAGAGCCAAUAUGUCCAAAAUGGAGAGAAUAAAAAGAAGCUAAAACGUUGAAAACUGUAAGAUAUAGAUGUAUUUGAUAGAGAAAUAAUUAUAUUCUGAAACUCAUUCUUUCUUAAAUAAAGAAUAUAAAACGAAUUUAUCUCAAGCAAAAUUAUAAACUUGGAAUGAAAUCUAUGGGACUAAUUGCAAAUCUCACAAACAAAUAAGAUAGGCUCAUCUUUAACAUUAAUAGGAUAAAAUCAUCUAAUUAUAAAUGGUAUUAUGAAUAUUAAUUUUAGAAAUAAUAAGAAGGAUCAUAUAAUUAUAAACAGAAGAUUAUAAAAGAGGCUUUGUAAUUUAAAGAAAGACAAAUGAGAGUCACAGAAUUAGAAGAGGCAGAAGAACAAUAUUUGAUGAAACUAAAAGUCACUCAAAGUAAGAACCGAUCUAUGAGUGCUAAAAAAGAAGAGAUAAAGAGAAUACCUGCGGAGAAAAUAACAAUUAGCAAAAAUAAUCUCUUUAGAAUAAAUUGA